AUCGAAGCUUAAAGUUUACUUUGUUUGACUUAAAAAAGUCAAAGUGAACGAAUACACUAAAAGCCUGUUUGGUAUUAGUUUUUUUAAGCCCAAAUGCUGCGUUUACACUCUUUUGCGUUUGGUUGACCUGUUUUUUUUCAGCGUUCUUCUUCUCUCUCAUCCUCCCGACUCUUCCGCGCGGCUAAACGCCGAAAGCUCUCCCCCUCCAGCGUUCUUCUCCUUAAUUUAGCGUUUGAGAUCAAUUUUCCUCUUUUACCCAUGAAAAUUUUAGAGGAAAAUUUUACCGCCUAAUCUUAUAUGCUUCCCGAAUAAAGCCACGAUUUGGAGAUCACAAAAAUAGGGUUCUUGAGCAGCUCGAUGGAAGCCCCAGAUUCUUUGCAACUCAAUUCUCAAUAUAGUCACAAUGUUCGUGAAAGAGCACAAUGGGAGAGGAGUCGUGUCAUCACGUUCUGUGAUAUCUGCAAAAGGGAACUCGAAAAUGGUAAUAGAUCUGGAGGAAGUUUAAAGAAGUUUGUAUGGACUAGCAUAGCAACUAAGUUCAAAAAUGAGACAGGACUUACCUAUGAUAGUCAACAAAUGAAACAUAAAUGGGAUAUGUUGAAAAAAGAAUGGAAGAAUUGGAGAAUCCUCAAGAGACUAGCAACUGGGUUAGGGUGGAACCCACGUAAAGGCACUAUUGAUGCUACAGAUGAUUGGUGGGAUAGAAAUAUUAAGGCUAAUCCAGAAAUAGCCAAAUUUCGAGCUAAAGGCAUUGAUCCUGAGUUGGAAGACAAGUUGGGAUUUUUAUUUGAUGAUACUGCAGAACAGAUAAAAAAUGAUCGCAGAUACAUGCCACAUUUUAAGGAUUGUAUUGGGGCAAUUGAUGGAACACAUAUCCCAGCUUCCAUUCCUGUUACAGACCAAUUACCUAUAUCGGGCGAAAAGGGGUGCCAACGCAAAACGUGAUGGCUGUGUGCGACUUUAAUAUGUGUUUUACUUUUGUGUUAGCCGGUUGGGAAGGAUCUGCUCAUGAUGCAAAUGUAUUUUAUAAGGCUCUACGUCAAGAUCAAUGGAAAUUCCCACAUCCACCGCCUGGUACACAAGCAUAUAUUUAUUUAUUUUAUACUUACACAUAAAAUAUUAGUUAAAGUUUUACGUAUUAUUACUCGGUAUUCUAUUAGUGUAAAUGAUAACAUGGUUUUGAUAACAAUAAUAUUUCAUAUCUUAU